UAUUUGUUCCUUUUUCUCCUUCAUUUUAUUUUUUAUUUUUUAUUUUAAACUUUUUAUAGUUAAAUUAUGAGUGUUUUGUAUAUAAGUGAAGGAUGGAUAAUGGUGUCUAUCUCUUCACUAUCUUGUGUAUUGGGAGCCAGUGUUGUUUUUCUCGGUAGAAAAGUAUUGGAAAAUUCGAAAUUUCUUUCUUCAUCAAUGGCAUUAGGAGGAGGAGUGCUGAUAUUCAAUUCACUUUAUACACUCUUGCCUGCUUCUCAACAAAAGCUUAAUAAUUCCAAUUUUUGGACCUUCUUGUGUUUUUUCAUUGGUGUUUUAUUUACAGUUAUUUUAUCUUUCAUCAUACAAUCCUGUGCUCCUCGUGCUAUUCAUACGUGCGACCCUACAACACAUAUCGUUGUUGCGAAGAAUAAUAUAGAAGAAGUUAUCUUAGAGUCCAAUGAAGAAGACAACACAAGUAAGCCUAUUUUACCGUAUCAUCAUCAUCAUAGUCGUCGUGUAGAUAUGAUUGAAUAUGGUACCAUUGUCGUAUCAGAAGAAGGAGCAGAGGAAGAUGAAGUAGAUAAUAUAAAUCAUAGUCAUUUACAUGAGAAUAAAGCUGACUAUUUUCUUAUUGGUAUUCAAACAGCUAUUGCCAUUUGUAUACAUAAAUUUCCAGAAGGUUUGAUCAUGUUUAUAUCAAAUGAAUCUUCAAGCCAAUUAGGUUUAAAUGUAGCUGCAGCUAUGAUUAUGCAUAAUCUGAUUGAAGGUUUCUUAAUUGCAUUACCGUUAUAUUACGCAACGGGUUCACGAUUUGCAGCAUUCAUGUAUGCUUCAUUUCUUGGAGGCAUGUCACAACCACUAGGUGCAAUAUUAGGAUUAUUAGUUAUUCGAAAUGUCGAUUAUAUCCAAGAAAAGUAUUUAUUCGGAAUUAUUUUCGGUGUCGUUAGUGGUAUGAUGUGUUUAAUUGCAGUGCAGAGUAUGCUCCCACAAGCGAUACGAACUGACAAAUCAAAUCAAUGUGUACCUUUAUUUUUCUUUAUUGGCAUCUUAUUUAUCAGUUUAUCUUCAUUACUUCAAUCGAUUUAAUACAAGACACCUACUAUAUCCUUGUCAUUUCUAUAUCGUGCAUGUAUAUGUAUACAAACAAGCAAUUCGCUAUUACUAGAUAAAUAAACUUAUAGUAUUUGUAUGUAUCUUUA